GGAACAUUUCACUGGAUUGUGCAAGGGAGGUAUGCGAGGAAUGUUGCGGAUUUCUGGCGAUUUUGAUUCUGUUCCCAGCUGAGGAAAUAUCCGAAGUAGCUAGCUGGUAACUUCCUUUGUAGUUGGCAAUUAAAAUAGGAACAUUGAAAUGUUGAAAAGUAUUGGAAAGGAUGGCACUAAACAGCAUCGGCCCAGCCAGCUGGACAGCGCCCUCUGUGAACAACUUGAUAAACUAGUGGAAGAUAUGACACACUCAGGGAGCCCAAGCCUUGAGGAAAAACCUCUAAAACAACUCAAGAAGAUAUGCAGGAUUUCUGAUGCUUAUGUCGAGCACGCCUUCCAUCUCUUGUCCAAUCAGCUCGCUGAGGAGCAUGCCGAAAUCCGCCUCUCGUCGUUCCAAAUUAUGAAUGAGCUCUUCAAUCGCUCGCACCGCUUCAGGGAACUUCUCGUUGCUGACAUGCAGGAGUUUUUAGCGUUGACCGUAGAGACCGUUGGGGACUAUCCACUACCCCCUCCUAAAGCAGCGGCCAAGCUCCUCAAGGAGCAAACACUGAAAGCAGUACAAGAAUGGAAUAACAAGUACGGGAAGGCCUACAAGAAGCUGGCUCUGGGAUAUGGCUUCCUCAAGUACAAUAAAGUGGUGGAUUUUGCGAAUCUUGAAGCCCGAUCUGCAGCAGAGCGUCGUGCUCAAGCAGCUCGGCAAGCCAAGAUGCAGGUGUUAAUGGCACAGAAGAUCAGCAGGGCUCUGACAGAUAUGGAAGAAACUAUUCCCGAAAUCAACGAGUGUCUAACACAGAUCGAGAACUGCUUCGAGUUGCUUUUACCCAACCCUGCUCGGUUUGAUAACACUGAUGUCCCCUCAAACAAAAUGGUAUCACCCAGCACCAAGUCACGUUCUGCUACUCAGAAAGGGGGAACUAUUGAUUCGGAGGGGUUGUCGGGUGAAAGAGUGAAGGGGAAAUUAAAAGGAAAUGAUGGAGAGUCUUCAAGACAUGAUGAUGGAGAAGACGUUUCAGACGAGAUGGAGGAGGAUGACGAUGAGGAUAGUUUGGAAGGGGAGGAAGAGGAGACAGGAGAGGAGGGGAAAGAUGCGAGUCUCCUUCAGCAACAUGGACUGCCAUCUUGGAAUUACAAUAUUGACAUCGAUAUCAACACAGAGGGUGUGGUGCUACAAGAAGAUGAGGAUAAUCAAGACAUCUUGACGACAUUAGAAGACAUGAACCGUCUCGCUUCCUCAGCUUAUCUUCCUCGUCUAGCAGUCUGGAUGGAGGUUUUCAGCAAAAGUGGCAAAAAUGUUAACCAACUAAAGCGUUGCAUAGACCUCAAGCAGGCCCUGAUCAAUGCACUGGCUAAACAGGCCGAACUGAAAGUCCAACGCAAGAAAUCAGAAAGAGAAAGGAGAGGGUUGCAAGUGGGCGAUGUUGAUGGGGAGGAUUCGGACAGCGACGGAGGAGAAUUUGAAGACGUUCCUGUCAAGGAGGGAUUCGAACCCGUCAUCCCUGAUCAUCUGAGAGCUGAGUAUGGUUUGGAUCCUUUACCGAGCACCAGCCAAGAAUCCCAACCCUCCACCUCUUCAAGUUCAAUCAAUAAAUCUAAACACCUCAACGCGGAAACCUUACCAGCAACAAGUUUUGGCUCGGCGCUUGGCGGUGAUUCCUGGAACACACCAUGUGGCAGCGGGGCGGCUAAAGGUAGCGAGUGGCAUCCUCUACGAGAGGCGCAACAUGUUCUCUCGGAUCCGGCGUCUCAAGCCGGUACCAUCAAAGUGAUGAAAGAGAGGCUGCGUGUUAUCCGAGAGCAAUUUCCUAUCAAGAGGAGAUCAACUGAAACGAAGACCUUGACGGUCGAAGAGCAGCAACGUCGCCAGCUGCUUGCCAAGGCUCCAGUGGUGCCGUUUGGUGUCGAUCUGGAACACUGGGCAAAUCCAGAGAAUAUCGAAGCUCCGAUGGUCAUGCUACCUGAGACAGCGCAAUGGGUUUGGAGUACCUCCGUACAAGAUGAAGUCAAAAUCAUGGAGCAUGCUAAAGACAGUCUGACAACCCGCGUGUUUAACUACACCGGAGAGUUUGAACCCGUCAAAUGGACAUGCCGUGCCCCAUUGCCUUCUGGGAAACUGUGUCUCCGAAUGGACAGGUACAAGUGUCCAUUUCAUGGGAAGAUUGUUCCUCGAGACGACAAAGGAAACCCAAAAGAGGAUCAGCCAGAAUUCCAGAUGAGCAAAGAACAACAAAAACAAGCCAAGGCCCUGGUCACUGAUCCAUCUCUCCAGAGAGAUAUCGAGAAAGGCCUGGGUCGCGAUCUUGGUGGUCCCUCAACGAGCGGAAAGGGACAAGGGGGCAAGAAGGGCAAAGGGAAGGCCAAGAAAUACCCUAACCUCACUGACCUCAGGAAGACCACCAACACCAGCGUCAAUAGACUGGGAAAGAAAGUGUUGAACAAGAGUUCCCUUCGAAGGGUUGCCAACGCUAUGAACAAGAUGGAGCAGAGACGAUAUCAAGACAAGUUUGGAAAUAACUUCAACUACAGGUAGUUUGGGUUCAAUUCCUUGCCUUUUACUUCUCAUUUGGGAUGAAAUCCAAAGGAUGAAAUGGUUGAUGAAUUUGUAAAUGAAUUUGAAGUCUGGGUGUCUUUAAAAUAUGUGGCCAGCAUUGGUAGUCAUGGAAGAUCAAUAUGUGCUAGUGUGUGACUCAAGCUACACAUAAAAUAACAACCCUGUUACAUCAUGGAGGAAGAAACUAUUUUCUUCCUCCAUGGUUACAUGUAACAUUGAGCUCACUCAGUUACUGUAGUCACAAGGAAAUGGUGAACAACCUUAUCACUGUUUUCAGGUUUUCAGGUUUUCACUGUAUUCAAACGUCAAAUUUCUGACUCUCCAAAAUUUUGUUAAAGCAUUUUUAGUCUUCAUGCAUAAGUAUUUCAAGGGAAGUUUUAUAUCGUACUAAAUGUAGGUUAUGUUCAAAUCUGUGAGCAAUGUUUAUUUUCCAUUUUACCGAUGUCAUGCACACCCUAACAAGCUUGGAUUCAAAUAUGUUUGUGUUUUUAAAGAUCACCCUAAUGUUAACAUUGAAAAUGUUAUUGUAUAAUUUACAAAACAAAUUCAGUUUGUUUUAGAAAAUAUUUUGUUGGAAAAUGAUUAAAAUGUUCACUUGCAAAAAAUAAUUUAUUACAAGUGAUUAAAAUGUUCACUUGCAAACAAAUAAUGUAUUACAAGUGAUUAAAAUGAUUUAUCCCUGCAAAUAUCCAUGAAUUUGUAAAAAAAA